UUGAAUUCAAGGGGCUGUUUUGAUCGUUUGGAUGACGGACACCGACAGGCAAUAGCUCUCCUUUUGCAACGCCAAUCUCUGCGCCCUUGGAAUAUUCUUACAGAGGCACUGUUAAAGAGUAGAAAUAUUUUUUCUCUGUUUGCAGUCACAGUCCAUACGGCCAGUUUGCCCACUGCAGGGGCUGCUGCGGCUUUCGUGUUUUCUCUGUUUUGAAAAACGAAUUCUUUGACGGGCGGGCGUCUGAGCAUCCCGGACGAGCCCGAAUUUGCAAUGCCCAAACAGUGAGGGUACGGUGGGAUCUCAUUUGGUCACCCUGCACGGUCGCAUGGCUCCAGCCCGGAGGGAUUGCGGCGGCUGGGAGAUGUUCCUCCCGACGGGAUGCCUGCUCCUCUCUGUUUUGCUAUUUCACCCAGCCCUGGCCAAGGUGUGUAACGACCGCACCAAACACGGACAGGACAACAGCUGGUUCGCCAGGGACGGGGAAAACUUGCCCAUCAUGGUUCUUAUGCCCAUGAACGAAUCGGCCCUGAUGAGCAGCAUCAGCCAGGGGAUCGAACCGGCGGUCCAGCUGGCCAUCCAGCACAUACGGGAGUCCAGGAAGUACUCGUUCUCACUCAUCACCAAAAUCUAUGACACCGAGUGUGACAAUGCAAAGGGGCUGAGGGCCUUCUUUGAUGCCAUAUGCUACGGUCCCAAACACCUCAUGAUCUUUGGUGGCGUCUGCCCCUCUGUGACCUCCAUCAUCGCAGAAUCCUUGGAAGGCUGGAAUCUGGUGCAGCUGUCCUUUGCAGCAACAACCCCAGUUCUGGCAGACAAGAAAAAGUACCCCAACUUCUUCCGCACUGUCCCAUCAGACAAUGCCGUAAACCCAGCAGUAGUGAAGUUCCUCAACUACUACAACUGGAGCCGCGUGGGGACCCUCACACAGGAUGUCCAGAGGUUCUCAGAGGUGAGGAAUGAUCUAACUAAUGAGCUGGAGAAGGCAGACAUUCAGAUCGCAGAUACAGAAAGUUUCUCCAAUGACCCCUGUGUCAAUGUCAAGAAGCUCAAGGACAAUGAUGUGAGAAUUAUCAUUGGCCAGUUUGACGAGAACCUGGCCUCCAAAGUCUUCUGCUGCGCGUAUAACCUGAACAUGUUUGGCAGUAAAUACCAGUGGAUUAUUCCUGGUUGGUACCAGGGCAACUGGUGGGAACAGGCAAAUACCACCAACUGCACCACGAAGAAGCUGCUUACGGCCAUGGAGGGAUACAUCAGUGUGGACUUUGAGCCACUCAGCGCUCGGCAGAUCAAGGGCAUCUCUGGCAGGACCCCUAAGGAGUACGAAAGGGAGUAUAGUCGAGAGCUCCAGCAGAAAGGUGUGGAAGCCAGCAAGUUUCAUGGCUUUGCCUACGAUGGGAUUUGGGUCAUUGCUAAAACCUUGACUCGAGUGAUGGAGCUGCUCCGGAUAAAACAACGGCAGAACACCUACAACAACUUUACUGUGGAUGACCGCGAAGUGGGAAAAAUGGUGCUGGAUGUCAUGAAUGAGACAAACUUCUUUGGUGUUACGGGCCAAGUCAUGUUUCGGAAUGGAGAGAGGAUGGGCACAAUAAAAUUCAACCAGUUUCAAGGGGGCCAUGAAGUAAAGGUGGGAGAGUACAAUGCAAUUGCUGAUGUGCUGGACCUCAUCAACAACUCCAUUAAGUUUCAAGGUGUGGAGCCUCCAAAGGAUCGUACGUUUGUGCGUUUGCAGCGGCGCCACAUCAACGUGCCCCUCUACAGCAUCCUGUCCACCAUUACCAUACUGGGCAUGCUCAUGGCAGGGGCCUUCCUGUUCUUUAACAUUAAGAACCGCAACCACAGACUAAUCAAGAUGUCCAGUCCUUACAUGAACAACCUGAUCAUCCUUGGAGGCAUGCUUUCCUACGCCUCCAUCUUCCUGUUUGGCCUGGACGGAGGCUUCGUCUCUGACAAAGAGUUUGAGACCCUCUGCACUGUUCGGACAUGGAUCCUCAUUGUUGGAUACACAACUGCUUUUGGUGCCAUGUUUGCCAAGACCUGGAGGGUGCACGCCAUCUUCAAAAAUGUGAAGAUGAAGAAGAAGAUCAUAAAGGACCAGAAGUUGUUGAUCAUUGUUGGCGGGAUGCUGCUGAUCGACUUAUGCAUCCUCAUUUGCUGGCAGAUUGUGGACCCUCUUAAAAGGACUGUGGAAGAGUACAGCUUGGAGGCGGACCCCCAAGGCAGAGACAUAGCCAUCCGUCCCUUCCUGGAGCACUGUGAGAACACCCACAUGACCAUUUGGCUGGGCAUCGUCUAUGCUUACAAGGGACUGCUAAUGUUGUUUGGCUGUUUCCUGGCAUGGGAGACCAGGAAUGUGAGCAUCCCUGCUCUUAAUGACAGCAAAUACAUCGGGAUGAGUGUUUACAACGUGGGCAUCAUGUGCAUCAUCGGUGCUGCGGUGUCUUUUCUGACCAGGGACCAGCCCAAUGUCCAGUUCUGCAUUGUGGCACUGGUGAUCAUCUUUUGCAGCACCAUCACGCUCUGUCUGGUCUUUGUUCCCAAGUUUAUUACCAUGAGAACCAACCCAGACGCAGCCACCCAGAACCGGAGGUUAAAGUUCACCCAGAAUCAGAAGAAGGAAGACUCCAAGACGUCCACCUCAGUCACCAGCGUCAACCAGGCUAACACUUCUCGACUGGAUGGGCUUCAAACUGAUAACCACCGUCUUCGCAUGAGGAUUACAGAGCUGGACAAGGAGCUGGAGGAAGUGACCAUGCAGCUGCAGGACACCCCAGAGAAAACCCCCUACAUCAAACAAAACCAUUACCCGGACGCCAAUAACAUCCUCAGCAUACGCAACUUCACAGACGGAAAAGAUGGAGAGAAGUCGAUACUAAAGAACCACUUGGAGCAGAAGCCUCAGGCGCAGUGGGGCUCCAUGGAUCCUUCCAGAAUAAACAGAGGUCCCCUGGAGGAUAUCAACUCACCCGAACACAUACAGCGUCGACUGUCUUUGCAGCUGCCCAUCCUGCACCAUGCCUAUUUACCAUCCAUAGGAGGGGUUGAUGCCAGCUGCACCAGCCCCAAUGGCAGCCCUGGUUCCAGCCCACGGCACAGACACAUGCCCCCCUCCUACCGGGUAAUGGUCUCUGGCCUGUGAGCUUCAUUCACUCCCCCACCUGGCUCUUUGCAGAGGAGACAUAUAUGGUUCUUUUUUUCUACAACAGAUAGACUGAUAUCAUCAGCGUAUGUGCGUAUUUUGUCUCAGAAUAAGAAGGACGGGGGAGAAGAGAGGGAGGGGGGGGGGUCACGUUUCACUCUUGGUACCUCCUCACCCCAGCCUCUCUUGAGAACUGAAACCCUCAGUCAGGAAGGGGUGGGAGGAGACAGAGUGGGCACUAGAUGACCUUACAAACUCCCAUGAUUUACAGCAACGUCCCCUUGUUCAUCUGCUCCCCUUGCCUAGGCAUAUACUCAUAUGCACAGUCAAACAAACACAAACAUACACAAGUACACACACAAGCACAAACACACUGACAACCAAUGGCAGAACAGCGGUGGACCAGCCCUGACCUGAUGUGUAGCCUUAUCUGCUUCCGAGGGGGUUAUCUGUUUCUGUUCCUUAUCUGUUGUAUGUAUGUGCUUGCUGCUACAUGUGAGCUUGUCAUCUAACUUGAGUAUUUCACUGCUUCAGUGACUGGACGUUGAUGUGGAGAUAUGGAAUUUACAAUACCCAGCAAAGGAAAUCAUCCAAUUUACUCCCCAGCCCCUUCCCAUCUUUGUGGCGACAUGUAAAUAUCAUCUUUUCUGACUUUGAUGUACUGUAAGCUUUGCAUAUGCUGUGAAUGGACAAUUAAGUGGGUUCUAAGAAUGGUUCUUGCAACAGAGGCAGGUAAACAUGAAAAUUACAAAUGGAAGCUUAUAAAACAUGGCACGCUAUAAAGAAUUAGAUGUAUGUUUGAAAGAAUCUGAAUUGGUUUGUGUAACUGUUCUUGAAUUAGCUUAUGGGCAGCAAAGUGAGAUACAUCAAAGCUUAUGAGUCACAGAACACAAAAUGGCACCAGGGGCUCAUUCCUUUAACUUGGAGUAAGAUGCACAUGGCUCUUUUUUUUCACUUUGCUAAAUUUGCACCACUGGUCUCAUCAGAGAUAACACAUCAGACUUUGCAUAGGCCUUUCAUAUUUUACAACUUGCUUACUAUGUCCUCAGAAAGCAUGUUAUACAGAUUAUUGAUGCUAUGCCUUUUAACAGGUCUCCAAGGCUUCAUAUGUUACAAAACCAAGCUAAAAGGCACCACAAGAGUGUUCCACAGUUGUUAUUUGUGUGUGUUAUAUGCCAAGAGAUGCACACAUUCAGAUGUACACUUAAAACACGAUAGAGCACCUUAUGAAUUCAGGUGCUUUUGAGAUGACGCAUUAGUGACGGGCUUGGUCAUAUUGAUCCCCACAGAGUGGUCUGUAUAGACUGUUAAGAUGUCCAUCUGAUCUAGCCCUCACAGCUAACCAGCACAGGCAAGGGUGAUGGGAUUCAUGUCAAUGACAAAAGGAAACAAGACUCUGAAAUAAAAAGACUUCUUAGGAAGAAA